AGUCACACUUCACUGUUGAGGAAAUUAUCAACCCAUUUCACCAACAAACCCUAAAACGAAUCCCCAAUUGAACAAAUUGAGAUUGAAAAAUGGCGAUUGCUGGUGAUUUUAGGGUUUCUGCUGCAUUAGGCCCUUCUCCUACGACCCUCCUCCGCAUCAAUCCACCGCCCAAGGUGGAUUCAGUUAGUUUUCUAAAUGGUGGAUUGAGUGCUUCUGAAAAUACGCCUAAAUGGUCGGUUUCGAUAUCACAUGUGCCGAGCACACGGUGCCAUGCUAAACGACCUCUGGGUAUCAUUAGUGACUAUGAAAUCUCCAGAAGCUCCAUUAACCGAGAUGCGGAAAGCUUCCUGUUAAACGCCAUAAACAUGAAUUUCUUCGAGCGUUUAAGUUUAGCAUGGAAGAUAAUUUUCCCAUCUUCAAAACUGAUAAAGAACUCAAACGCAAGUGUCGCUAAACAACGGUUGAAAAUGAUUCUUUUUUCCGACCGAUGUGCGGUUAGUGAAGAGGCGAAACAGAAGAUAGUCAGCAAUAUAGUCAACGCGCUUUCGGACUUUGUGGUGAUUGAAUCUCAAGAUAAAGUCCAGCUCAGCGUCUCGACGGACGCGUCACUCGGGACGAUUUACUCGGUUACCGUGCCUGUGAGACGGGUGAAAGCGGAGUAUCAAGAAGAGGAUGGUGAGGGAACUGUUACGAAUGUGGAAUACAAGGAUAAUGCGGAUGUGAAGUUUGAUUUUUAUGUUCCAAGUGAAUGAUUGAUUAGAGAUUGUGAUUUGGAGAAAGAAAGAAAGUAAUGAAAUUUGUUUGGUCAACUGGGCUGGAGAUGGUUGAAAUUUGUUAUAAUUUAUAGCAAAGGUUGUAAAUAUUUGAUAUUGCUUGUUAGAAUGCUUUGAAUUUGAUAGUUUGAUCCUUACACUUUGAUUGUAUCA